UAUGCAGCAGCGGCGAGUCCCACGUCGGCGACCAAUCUAAGCAUCAAAGAGAGCCAAGCUUUCGGAGGCACGAGCGGCUCGGACUCCGACAGCGAGUCGAUGUUCGACGACGGUGGCUUGUGCGACAACGGCACGAACCCAACAGACGUGAAAAGGAUGAGACGGAUGGUGUCGAACCGAGAGUCGGCCCGACGGUCGAGGAAGAGGAAGCAAGCUCACUUGGUUGAGCUGGAGACGCAGGUUGAUCAGCUCCGGGGUGACAACGCGUCGAUCUUCAAGCAGCUGACGGACGCGAACCAGCAGUUCACGACGGCGGUCACGGACAACCGGAUCCUCAAGUCGGACGUGGAGGCGCUGCGGGUGAAGGUGAAGCUGGCGGAGGACAUGGUGGCGCGCGGCGCGAUGUCGUGCGGACUGGGCCACCUGGGUCUGUCCCCGGCGGCGCUGAACCCGUGCCGCGUCCCGGACGUGCUGGCCGGGCUGGACUUCCUCCCCGGCGGCCCCGACGACGCCUGCUUCGGGAGCCUGUCCCCGGCCGAGCAGGUGCAGAGCUCGCCGAUGCAGAGCAUGGCCAGCCUGGAGAGCCUCGAGCACAGCAGCAGGAUGCAGCACGGCGGCGGCAGCGACGCCGUCGACGUCUGGGGCUGGGACUCCAGCUCCAACGGCGCCAUGUCCAAGUGAAGCCAUGCACGUCCCUCCCUGCCCGCGUACCUACCUACGUACAUCAAAGUGUUUGAGCUGAUGAAAACUCUUGAUGGACUUGAGUUUUUCAGAGUCCUCUCGUGUCGCGUCAGUCGGUAAUAACUCUGCGUCUUCGCCGUGCCUAUAGCUAUGUAAUAGAACUUUCUACCCAGAGUACAUGUAAUGGUGAGACCAUGUCAGUUAACUGUGAUCUGUCAGUCGGCGGUAAGCUUCAUCAUUUACAGAUUA